GGGCGUACUAAUUGAAGAAAUAUACAAUGAGUACAAGGAUUGCAGCAUGGUUGGAUUUUACAAAGGAUUAGUGCCAUCAUUAGUUAUCCGCGAACCGAACUUGGUGAAGUCCGUGUUACUAACUAAUUUGUCGAGUUUUCCUAUAAACGGUUUCCGGGUUCAAAAAGACGUGGAUCCCCUGUUCGCAUAUCAUCCAUUUUUCACCCAUGGGGAAAAAUGGUUAAAUGGAAGGAAACGAUUGACCUAUGCGUUUACCAGUGGCAAGUUGAAAAUUCUUUUCGUGGCAGUUAACGGAGUGUGCAAGAAAUUCCAAGAUUACUUAGACAGGCGGGUGAACUCCAACGAUAAGUACGAAGUUGAACUGAAGUAUCUGUUCUCAAAAUUUACUGGCGAAAUUGCGGCAAACGCUAGUAUGGGCAUCGACGGGCGCUGUUUCGGGGACGUGGAUGAUCCGUUGGCGUUCGAUCAGAUCGGCAAGAAUUUCUUCGAACCGAAUUUCUUCAGUAGAUUUCUACUUAACAUUGUAACUCUAUUUCCCAGUGUGAAUCGUUUCACAAAGAUCAAGUUCACGAAGAAGGAACUGGAACAAAUGUUCACAACGCUGGUUAAGGAAAAUUUGGAGCACAGGCGAAAGGAAUCAACGCCCAGGUACGACUUUCUCGAAAUAAUGGUGCAGCUGGAGAAAGAGGAAGGAAAGCAACUGCCUUUGGACGUUCUCACUGCUGGUGUAUUCACGUUUUACAUCGACGGAUUCCAAACAUCAAGCAUUACUCUCAGUUUCAUUGGAUUUCAACUGGCUAUGCAUCAGGAUGUUCAAGAAAGACUACGAGAAGAAGUGAAGACUGUCCUGGAAAAACACGGAGGUGUGUUAACGUACGAAGCGGUGAAAGACAUGACUUAUAUGGACCAAGUAAUUUGUGAAUCGCAAAGAUAUUACUCGACACUGAGUAUGAUGAUAAAAAUAUGUACAGAAGAGUGCGAGUUGGAAGGAUCGGACGGGCUUAAAUGUCGCGUGAAACCUGGCACCGAAAUUAUCAUACCCAUUUAUGGACUGCAGAAGGACCCGAGGUAUUGGUCCGAUCCGGAGACCUUUGAUCCAGAUCGAUUCAGCGAGGAGAGGAAGCACGAGAUUGACAAAAUGACGUUCAUGCCAUUCGGCGAGGGACCAAGGAUGUGCGUGGGAAUGAGAUUGGCACUGCUGCAAAUUAAGUGUUGUUUGGCUAUCUUGCUCAAAGGCUAUAAAUUGGAAUUGUCGGCUAAAACGAAGCUGCCUUUGAAACUGUUGCACUUCGUUUUUCUCACAGAAGCAGAAGGUGGACUUUGGGUGCAUCUGUCAAAACUUUGAAA